UCCCGGUUGAGCGCUUAACGCGCCCAGACAUGCAGUACGAAACGGGAAUUGGUUCGGUUCGGUUCGCUAAAUGGACGCCAAAAGCUUUUGGCAAUUAUGUAAAGUGUUUGCGCAAAAAUUUGCAAGCGAAAAUGAAUAAAAUCGUGGUACCAUAAGAAAAACUCAAACAAACUACAAAAAUAAAAAAAAAAAGCGCAACAAAACAAGCGAAAAAGAAAAACACUUGAAAAGUGCUAACAAUUAAAAACAAUUUUCAUCCAAAACUCACAAAACUUGAAUGUCACGCAAAAUGUUGCAAGUGCCGGCAGCAACAUUUUUGUUGCUGCUGCAGCUGGCUGCGACUGCGACUGCGACGGCCGCAACUGGCAGCGAAACAACAGCUAGCAGCAUCUUGGAUCGCCAAAUUGAUGGGAGUCUGAAGAAUGCCAAGCUGAUUGAGAUCAAAGUGCUGCCCGAUUUGGCUGGACUGCAGCGCAAUCAGGAAGAUGACAAGUGGCAGCACAUUUACCGGUUUAUCGACGAUGGUUUUCCAGUUUUGGAGCUGUACGGCUACAGGACAAAGACAGAUACACCCUUCACAUUGAUAAUACCCAAAAUCGAUGUGCGUAGCAUUGAGAAGCCGCGCUUGAAGGAGUUCAUGUUGGAGCAUUUGGUGCCCGGUAAAAUCUUUGAUAGUUACAAUACGCUCGCCAAUGGCAAGGAAGAGGAGGAGUCGUAUGGUAAUGGUAAUGGACAUAAAGUCGUUUUUCGUAAAUUGGAAAAGUCGCACAACAAUGUCUGGCUGCUCAACGGACAGCAAAUACUCUACAAGCUGCGUAUCAAUGAGCAAUUGAUGGCCAUUGGAAUUGAUGGUUAUUUGGGUGAUAGGAAAUCGCCCUACUCCAAGCGUAACAUACAGGAAACGAACAACCGCUACAAUGACCCACAGCCGCUGGAGCAGCCAAACAUUACCAAUGCACAUGCUAAAGUGGAGCCCAUUAUUAAGGAAUCAAAGGCCAGUCCAUUGAUGUCAUUUCUGGCCAACAUGAAAACGGGCACAAAAGUGUUCCAGCACUUUCUAUCCAAAUCCAAUCUGACACGCAUUAUGGAUGAUAAUGCCUAUACGGUGCUCAUACCAUCGGACAAUGCCUUCCAGCGCUGGCAUCCCAUCGACUGGGGCUUUUAUCCAUUCAGUGUGCCCGAGUUUACCGAGAGCGUAUUGCGUAAUCACUUCCUGCCCAUGCAGCGACCCCUGCGCUUGUCCGAUGUCAAGAACAUGGACCAAAUGGGCGUCCGGACUAUGGGCGGCGAGCUUGUCAUCUUCCAUGGCCAACCCACGCCCACUGUGAAUAAUGUCAGCAUCAUUUCGGAAUUUACGCUCUCCAAUGGUAAUCAGGUGUUCAUUAUAUCCGAGGUGUUAUUUGUCUCUGAGGCUGUGGUCUCCAAAUUGCAUCAGAUGCACAAGGAUAAGGAGACACCACCGCUUUUGGCAUUCCCGUGGUUCGGUGCACAAUUUCUAUCGCACUCAUUUUUGGCCUUGGAGCGUGAUUCAAGAUUCACGCAAAUUACAAGAUAUCUGAACAAUGCGGAAAUAGCUCCCCAUAUCUCUGGCGCCAAUUAUACAUUCUUUGUGCCCGAAGACAAGGCCUUCGAGAAGCUGGGCUUCGACAGACUAUCCGACGAUGUUAUGGCUUCGCAGCGUGGUAUUAAAAUGUUGCUGAAUCAUUUUGUGCGUGGCCGACUCUAUAAUCGGGAUUUGCGGGACAAUGAGGUGUUCGAAACGAUUGGCGGUGGUCAUGUAAAGAUUACACGUAAUCCGGGCAGCAAUUAUACAAGUGUGAACAAUGCACAGAUAACGGAGAGCGAGGUGUUUGUCUACAAUCUGGGCACCAUGUACUAUAUAGACGAUAUACUAUAUUCGCAUAUGCUGCGCGAUCAUAUUACCAAAUCGACUAAAACGAGAUCGGAUCGAAAUGGCGGCGAGGCUGGCGGAGGCUCACGGAGCACUGUGCGUCCCAGCGAUGUGGAGAUUGUGCCCAAUGAAUUCGAGAGCGAGCACAAUGGCGGCGACUAUGCCAUCCAUGGCGAUGAUGACGACUUCGAGGAUGAGAUAAUAACGCCAAAAGCGCUGCCCGUCCAAAUCUAUGAGUUGCCCAAAUAGAUGAACACAAGUCGUGAAUUAUCGAUCGAUGGCAAGGGUAUGUCAGGCCGAGCUGUGCGGGAAUCAUUUUUGAUAUGUGUGGGUUUUUAAUGAUGUGAGUGGACGCGCUUAAAGCGUUUUGUAUAGUUCUGAGCUAAUUUUUGUAACGAUUUUUUUUUAGUUAGUUUUUAGUUUUGUGUGUGUACAUUUUAAGUUAGCAUUGAAAAUGAGGCGGUGAAACGAAGUAUACUACAGAAGAAAAGAAGAAGUGAAUUAAUGAAUGGCAACAAAUAUAAACGUAAUCCUAAAGAACUUAUCAGCAAUUCCAAUGAAGCUUGUAGAUCUACGUAGCGACAAAUUGCAAUUACACGAAAACAAAAAAAAACCAAUAUACAAAAACUUAGAAACGGAAUUUAAACAAAAAAAUUAAAAUUAACAUUCAAACAAAAAUUCAAUAUAUACGUAUAUUAAAAUAUGUACUACAUAUAUGCAAUUAGACGCUCUUUGGGUGUGAAUGCUUUUUUU